AUGUCAAACCAAAAGUCGAAGAAACAGCAAAAGAAUGCAGUUAAAAUGGCGAAAGCUAUCGAUAUAAAACCUAAAAAUGCGAAAUAUUCAAACAAUAAGAUGAAUUUUCCGCAUAAAAAGAAAUAUACGUUUGCUUGGCUACCCAUGUCUAGCUCACCCUCUUUAAUAAAUGAAAUCACGAAUGGAACGACAUUCACAAUUGAAUACAAUCGUACUGAUAUCAACAUUUCAACAACUCAUAAUUUUACGAUCAAUACCGACCGAUACUAA